AUGUCGCAAUCAGGGUCACCGAACGGAACUCCUAGGAGUAGCCAGGACGGAGGAGCUUCGGAUAAGGCCCGAUCCUCUCUCGAUGCUGCAGGCGCAGGGGAUGCUGAAAACGCCUUCCAGAAGGCGAUUGCGGUUUGGAGGAGCAUCGAUUUAUCAUCACUCCAAAAGCAGCUCGACUCGGAAGCUAGUGAGAUAAUUACGAAUCAACGGGACGACUUGGUGGAACGGAAAGAAGUCGCGCAGAAAACGAAGGACUUCCGUAAACUCAGCGAUGCUGACAAGCUUGCAGAGUAUAAGGGAUUGCUAAAGGCGUAUCAGCAGUUUAUCGAUCACAUAUCCAAUCACCGAAAGUCUACCGAGUCUCUAUUCUUGAACGUGUACAAUCAUCUCUCUGAAGCGCCCGACCCAUAUCCACUGCUGGAGGCGACAAUUGAUUCCCUUGUCCAAUCGGAAGACGUCUCACGGCUUACUUCCGAGAAUAAUUCGUUACGUACGACGGUCUCGCGUCUUACAUCACAGAAUCAAAACCUCGAGACACGAAUAGAUGAUCUAAAGAGGGAAGCUUCAAGAAAAGAUAAUGAAGGAAAUAGAGCUCUAGAAAAAGCAGAAGAGGGGUUUCAGGCAGUCCUAGAAGAGAGGACAGCCAACUGGGAGGCAAAGGAGCGCAGCUUGCUUGAGAAAAUUGAGCACCAGGAACGAGUAAUCAAGGAGCAGAAAGCAAGCUAUGAGGCCAGCUUGCGGAUGGGCAAGGUUGCGGAAGGUAAUGAUGAUGAUGUCGGUGGAGCUAGCUUGGCCGAGCUCGAGAUUGUCAGCAGUGACCUUGAACGAACUACCAUGCGGUUGACUGAGAUGGAGCACCGGAAUGAACAGUUGAGGGCACAAUUAGCACAGGCUCUUUCAACCCAGAACAGCGCAGGUGGAAAAUCUCAAAAGGAACAAGAUGAACUUGAUGAGGAAAUUCAAAGAUUGGAGAGUGUCAACUCAAAUCUCCUGAAGAAAAUGGAUAACCUAAAGUCAGAGAAUGAGGAUAAAUUCAGGGACUACGAGAAGAAGGAAAGGCAACUCGAGCGCGAAGUCGAUAUGAUAAAAAAAGAACGCACCGUACUAAAGGACAAGGUUAAGGCUUGGAGCGAUUACGACGAGAUCAAACGAGAGCUCGAGGUUCUCAAGACAAUUGAAUUUUCCACUGGUGAUGACGACGAAGAUGGUCACGCGGACGAAGUCGAUGUAGCUGGCCAAAACAAAAAAGAGAGCCUCGAACAGUUACUCUUAGCCCGGAAUAAGAAAUUAGGCAAUGAGCUCACCGUUCUUCGAGUGUCCCACCAGGAUCUUAGCAGUCGUCUCUCCGAUCUCCAAAGGCAGCUUGACUCGACCUCCAAAGACCUUGCUGAAUCGCGAAACCUGAAUAACCAACUCGAAGACGAUCUCCAAAAAGCUCAAUCCCAGACAACGUAUGCCAACCCUGCCAUGUCGGUAGCAGGGACAUACACAUCCCGCUACCCCGCUUCACAAGCGGGUCAUUUUGGACCACGCGGCGGAGGUCGCGUCUCCCCUACUAGUUCCAUUAUAUCUGGGAGAACCGGCCAACCGAGUUUCGAUCAACUCCGCGCCGCAAACGCCGAGCCAUCAUCUGGUAUCCUUCCCAUGCUCACUGCCCAACGAGACCGUUACAAAGCCCGCAGCUCCCAACUCGAAGACGAGCUCUCACGGACGCAAGAAACAGUGACGUCUCUCCGCCAGGAGAUUGCUAGUCUCCAAAAGGAUAACCUUCAGUUGUACGAGAAGACUCGUUAUGUAUCAUCAUAUGGCCGUCCUGGGGGUUCAAAUGGUCGAACAGGCGCUGUUGGCGUACAUAAUAACCCGACUACAAGUUCCGGAUUGUCACUUGACAGAUAUCGCGCCGCAUACGAAGCGAACCUCUCACCCUUCGAGGCAUUCAGGACGCGGGAAUCUGUAAGAGCAUACCACCGCAUGGGGGUUCUCGAACGGUUGAUGUUUAGCCUUACUCGCAUGGUAAUGAAAAAUAGAAUUACAAGAAACCUGUUUGCAGGCUAUUGCUUAUUCUUGCAUUUGUUUUGUAUCGGAAUCCUGUAUUGGGCAGGUAUGGGCGAGACGGAGAAGUAUGGCGGGGUAUCAAUGAGUGCUGGCGAGACUAUACCUGGCGCUGUGGGAGGGGGGUCGGCGGCUGGGGAAUGGAAGGCUGAGGAGGCACCUAAUCUAGGGCCGUAG